CAAGCAAUGGCUAUGGAGCUUCUAUGGCCAUAUGUAAAAAACAAUUCUAUUUCAUCAGUCGAGAGAUAUCUUGUGUGGGUUAAAGAGCAGCAAGAUCUGCUUUACUUGAUAAAAUACGAACAAGCUAUAAGAACAAACAAUCCAAUUUUAAAGAGGGCUGCUAGAAGAGUAUUUUCUCCCGUUUGGUCUGCAAGAUGUCAUCCCAUUUAUCACCUCAUAGAAGCUGCUGAUGAAAUCCAAUUAAUGAAACUUCAUCCUGAAAUACGUGAUAUCAUAGAGAAAAACUGUAUUGUCUCUUGGUCAGGUCUUUGUGAACAACAUCAAGGCCUAGAUGCGAUUAUCAAGGAGAUAAACAAG